AUGGAAGAUCUCGCCCGCCCAAUCAAGAUGCACGCUUGGAGGAAACAUAAAGGGAAUACUGAGCCAGUUUGGGAAGAGGUACUUGUGCCACCAACACCGGCAGACGGCUUUCUGGUCAAGCUGCUGGCCUCGGGGGUCUGCCACAGCGACCAGCCACUACUAGAAGUCGAAGACCGACCGAACUUCAAUGAAAAAUAUAUAUUGGGACAUGAAGGAUGUGGUGAAAUCAUUGAAAUUGGAGACGAUGUGAAAGAUCCUUGUUUCAGAUUGGGAAGUCGUAUAGCACUUUUGGCGGUUCCGGGAUGUGGUUUAGAUGAUUGCUCCGAGUGCUCGAGAGAUCUUCCACAGCUUUGUUCACAGGGCACAAGACACGGUAUAGGACAAGACGGAUUUUAUGCCGAAUAUGUCACUGUGAAUAUUCGAGCGGCUAUCCCAUUACCAGAAGGAAUCUCCCCUGCGGUGGCUGCUGUUGCUACAGAUGCUGUCACCACUGCUUACCAUGGAAUCACUCGUCGUGCCGAGGUCAAAAAAGAGGAAACAACCUUUCUUUUCGGGCUUGGUGGUCUUGGAUUCAAUGCACUUCAGAUAGUCCGAGCUAUUGGUGCCAGAGUAAUCGUAUCCGAUCUACGACAAGAAAAGCUGGACGCGGCACUUGAAUUAGGGGUUCCACAGGAAGACAUUGUCCCCGCUGGAAAACCCAUUCAAGAAUUUUUGAAAGAUAAAAGGCUCGAAGGCAAAAUCGAUACGGUAUUAGAUUUUGUUGGAAAGCAUCAAACAUUUCAAGAUGCGCAAAAUAUCGUGCGACCAGGAGGAAAGAUACUUUGCGUUGGAACUUUGGACCGUACAAAUGAACUUGACAUGAAGACGGGAAUCCGGAAGAGACUGAGUAUCAUUUUCACUUACGGUGGACAAUACCGCGAUCUGGUGGAGGUGCUGGACCUGAUUGCGAAGAGAGUCAUUCAACCGCAGGUGGAAAUAGGAAGACUUCGAGAUUUUCCAAAGGUUCUGAAAGAUUUGGGAGAUGGCAAGGUGAAGGACAGAGUGGCAUUAGUGUCCGACUUGGUUCUAUAG